GAUUUGGGUCAAAAUUAUUGCCACAAAUUUCGUACUUGGGUUUGAUUUUCCCGGCAAAGUCCAUGUUCCAUGGCUACAGUCACUAUCGCUGUCAAUGCGCUCACGUACUCGUAUACGGCUCAGUCGGACCCAAUUCUCAAGGACAUAGCCCUCAGUUUGCCACAGGGAUCCAGGACGAUUCUCGUUGGUGCUAAUGGAGCUGGUAAAUCCACCCUACUGCAGAUUCUUGCCGGAAAGCGUCUGGUAAGCUCCCCUGGUGCCGACAUCCGUAUCAAAGACUGCGAUGUCUUUCGCAGCUCACCUGAGGGCGUCUCUUUCCUGGGAACUGAAUGGGCCAUGAAUCCCGUGGUACGCGGGGACAUUGUCGUGUCUGCAUUUCUUGAUUCUGUAGGCGGGUACAGAUAUAAGGAGAGGAGGGACCGUUUACUCGAUAUCUUGGAUAUCGAUCUAGACUGGCAUAUGCAUGCAAUUUCAGACGGAGAGCGUCGCCGGGUCCAGCUUUGUUUCGGCCUCAUGAUGCCGUGGGAUGUUCUUUUACUUGACGAGGUCACGGUAGAUCUGGAUGUACUUGUACGAGAUGAUCUCCUCAAGUUUCUCCGUAAUGAUAGCGAAACCAGAGGUGCAACCAUUAUCUAUGCCACGCAUAUAUUUGAUGGGCUUAAUGAUUUCCCUACCCAUAUCGCCCAUAUGCGAUUUGGUUCUUUCGUCACUCCUCCCGCUCUGUGGCCUUUUGCUGACCAGUCGACGUCGACGUUGUACUCUGUCGCGUUACAAUGGCUCAAAGAGGAUCGAGAAUAUAGACGCAAACUUGAGAAAAAUGGCCUCAAACUAAGGGGAGCCAGGAAGGACGAGGGCGUUCCAUCGGAUUCUGAGACCUUCUAUAGGAAGUAUGACUAUAGUCAUUGACAAAGCAUGCUACUGCUUUGAUCGCCUUUAACACGGGCAUUGCAUCUAUUCAACUUUUCAACAAAGCAUCGGACGGUAUUCAAUUGUACUUGGAAGUUUCAACAACAUGUGUAGCAUUAGAAUACUGUAUUGAGUACGUAGUUGCAACAAAUUUGCACAAAUGUGCAUGAACCUAC